AUGGACGUGUUCCAGCAUCAGCUACUCAGUCUUGUUGGGGGUCUGAUCUGUUUCUGUACUUUGACAAAUUACAUCAGAUUAAUGAGAGACCUUUUUCCAUAUAUCUGAAGUUCUUUGCCUUAGGUUUUCUUUUGGUCAGUGGGAGAACGUGCAAUGGUCACAGGAGCAGGAGAUGAUAGGAUUGGAAAAGCAUAUUCUUUCAGUUUCGCCAUUCGCCCAGCCUGGGACCAUGACGGGUUGCUGAAGCUGGCCACAGAUCAAAACGUGAAGGUUAUACAAGCUGAUUUUACUAAAAAUUCAGUGUACAAGAAUGUUGAAAAGAGAUUGUUAACAUUGAAUUUUCCCUGACUAGUUAGCAAUGUUGGAAUGAUUCAUAAUCCUCUUCCAUGCUAUUUCAUUAAUGGGCCAAACAUAGAAGAGGAUCUUGUCAACUGCAAUAUUAUUUCUGUCACACUGUUGACAAAAAUUAUUUUGAAACAGAUGCAAUCAAGUCAGAAAGUUCUAAUUCUGAAUCUGUCCUCUGAUUUGAGUACUUUCCCUUGUCCAUUAUAUACAAUGUACUCAGCUACUAAGGCUUUUAUAAGCACUCUACAAUCACUACAAGCAGAGCAUAAGACAAAGGUAGUUAUCAUACAGAUAGCAAUUUCUUAUGGUGUUUCUGCUCCAAUGACAAAGUACCAAAACCCGGGUGUUACUACAAAGAGAGCAGAAGAGUUUGUUAGCGAGUCACUGGAGUAUGUCACCUUUGGAGAUGAGAUUUUUGGAUGUUUCACCAAUGAAAUUUUGAUUGAAUUUGGUCCUGUGAAAAUGUCUUCCAAGGGCUCCAGCCAACUGUGCAGCAAGUACCGAAUACAAGACAUGUUACAUAUUGCAUGUACACCAAAACCUGCUGAAGUUCCUGGGGGAAGUGUGCAUUGA